AUGACUACCAAAUCUAUCUCAUCGAAUUCAAAUGCCACUUCCGGUGUACACAAGCGCCGCCGCCGUGCAACAAAUGACGAUGGCGCCCAUGCCCACGUAGCGACGAGCGACUCGCCACCACCUGUUCCCGCUCAGAAACCAUCGCCGCCGACCACCUCCGGUGCUGGUGGGGGGUCCUCUUCGUUCAGAAACGUGAGCGCGUGUAAUCGCUGCCGUCUGCGAAAGAAUCGCUGUGAUCAGAGACUGCCGGCUUGUUUGUCCUGCGAAAAGGCUGGGGUGAAAUGUGUGGGGUACGACCCGAUUACUAAGAGAGAGAUACCUCGAAGUUACGUGCACUACCUUGAGACCCGAUCGGCGUACCUGGAGUCAUUAUUGACCGCGAACAACAUUCCAUUCUCUCCGGCGGAAUCCUUCCCCGAUCUUGCUCCGCCUCCACCUCCUCCAGUAACGACUACCCCCACAACAGCGACAUCAACUGCCGUUCCCGAGUUUCCACCCCCACCAUCUUCUCAGCAACAAUCCCAGACGCCCAUCGAUCCGGCACUGACCAGUAUCGAGAUCCCUCGAAUUGCCGUUCCAGAGCCGAAAGUUAAGCGCGAAAGAUCGCCGCAAAACUCAGAUUCAUUGGAAGAAAAGAAAUUAGAUAACCUGGUCUCAGAUAUCGGGCUUGUGUCGUUUGCCGGUGCAAGCGACCCGAGAUAUCUAGGCUCCGUCUCAGGCAUUUCGUUCGCGAGAGUGGUGUUUGCUGCUGUAAAGAGCAGUGCAACAGGUAAUAGCAACCAUGAUCAAUGUAGCACGGCAGCCGACGGGGCAUCCGGAACUAGAAGAAAUAAACCUAGGAUUGGCUCGACCACACGGAUUCGCGGCACGAGAGGAUUGGGAAUCGGAGCUUCCGGGGCUUCUGGGAAAGAGGAAGACCUAGAUGUAGAUGAUGAUGAAGACACACAGAUGCGGGAUUCGUUUUUCGGGCUUCACACUAAACCCACUAUCACGCCUGCGCCAUUCCCCACAAGAGCAUUAGCCCAGAGAUUGAUCAACCGGUAUUUUGAGUAUGCAAAUCCUCAAAUACCCAUACUGCAUAUCGGAGAGUUUGAGGGGGUUCUGGAUAGGAUAUACGGUACUGGAGACAAAAAGAUCAGUGGUGGUUCAAAUGAAGGCGCCUAUGGAGGCAGCCCCAAGGAGAAAUAUAUGCUUAAUAUUGUGUGUGCUAUUGGUGCGGGAAUAUUCCUGAAAGGGCCCGAUGAGGCAUCAGACGCGGAGGAAUCAGAGGACGAAACGAAGGACGAGGAUGUAUACGAGUCGCCAAAGGUGAAGGCAGAAAAAGGGAAUAAAAGGGGGAGGGCACAAAUGCAUUACGAGCCAGAACAAUACCAUGCAGCAGCUGUACUCCAUCUUGAAACAUUCUUAAGCCAAAGCAAAGGUGGAUUGGAAGAGCUUCAGGCAGUUUUGUUAUUGGCUGGUUAUGCUUUGUUAAGACCAGUUUCCCCGGGGCUGUGGUAUAUUGUAGGAGUUGCUCUGCGUCUGGCGGUAGAUCUUGGAUUACAUUACGAAGAUUCGGAUGCUAAGGAAGUAAAAAAGGACGGGAAAGAAGGUAGGAGGGAAUGGUCGAGAGAGCUACGACGAAGACUAUGGUGGUGCGUAUAUAGUCUUGAUAGACUAGUAAGCACAUGUGUUGGAAGGCCUUUCGGAAUAGCGGAUGAGGUCAUUAGCACCAAGUUUCCCUCGAUACUCGAUGACCAGUAUAUUCAUCCGACUAAAGGAAUAACUCCGCCCUCACCUAAUAAAGAAUUACCAUCCUACAAACUCAUAGCGCAUCAUUACUUUCGCCUGCGUCUCUUACAGUCUGAGAUACUGCAGGUUUUACAGCAGCAGUCUCAUUCGUUUUCGUUCACUUCCUCAAAUGCAACCGCAAAUCCAUGCGUGAAUCCGCCUUUACCAACUAAUCCGCCAAGACAGAACGAAGAUUACCCAUCACAUCAUCCAUAUCAUCUUCAGACGCCAUAUCUAAGGGGGUUCAAAACGGUUCAAUGCUGGCACAAAGACAUUGACCGUCGAUUGAAGGAAUGGAUGGACUCUUCGCCCAAGAGUAAAGACGAAACGGGGGUGUCGUUCUCACUGGAAUUUCUAGAACUAAAUUACUGGCAGACGAAGAUAAUGCUAUAUCGACCUUGCCUAUCGGUUCCAGUUCUGCUUGCAGGUGAACUGGGAGGGAGCGGAAGCUCUGCCAGGGGACGGGCGGCGGAACGAGGGCUAGGAGGUAGAAAAGAUCGUGUAGAGAGGGCUGAAGAAGAGGAGAGGGUUUAUCUUGUUGUUGCCGAGGCUGGUAGUAAGGUAUUAAGACUUUACAGGCAUUUGCAUAGAGUACACCAAGUAAACUACACGUUUUUGGCUACUCAUCAUCUAUUCAUGGCUGGGAUUUCAUUCCUCUAUGCUAUAUGGCACUCACCUUUAGUCAGGUCCCGUCUCUCCAUGGACGAGGUCGACUUUACGAUUUUGGCUGCUACUUCUGUCUUGGGCGAUCUAGUGAAUAAGUGUCCACCCGCUGAAGCUUGUAGGGAUGCAUUUGAACGCAUGUCAAGAGCUACAGUCCAGAUGUGUUUGGCAGGGAAACGAGGGCCAAUAAAUAAAAUAUUGCCUUCAGGAACAUUGACUCAUCACACGGGUGUAUCCGGAGCAACUGGAAUGACGGCCGGGAUGCAGACAAAGGUCCAGGGAAUGACUCCGUUUCAGCAUGAUGAAGAUGGAGAAGGGGAAGAUGUGGAAGAAAUUGAAGGGGAAAAUAUACAAGAGCGAGAAGCAGAUAUCAAGUUCCCGGAUACAGAUUCGAUGGUAUUCAAAAACGAGUACCCUUCGGAAUUUCCGCAGAUGCACCAACAUCAACAUUCACAACAACAACAUAACAGCAGGCACGGAAAUGGAUACUCCGCGACACAUCAACAGCAACAGAAUCUUGCUCAACAACCCCGAAGGGGAAUGAUACAUUUUGACGAUGGAUUUCGAGAACUUUUUACUGCAGCCUCCGCAGGAAACCGCUACUCGAAUCCCAACAGCAGGAAUACUAAUAACAAUGUUCACCCCCACGUUCAGCAGCAUCAACAGCCCUCUCCCCAACAGCAGCAGUACGGCUUAUCACCCACACACAAGGCCGAAUCUAUGCAGCAAACGGCUUUCCACCCCCCGUUGUCAUAUAGCAGCGCGGAGCAACUAUCACCACAUCUACCGCACUCUCCACACCCACACCAGCAACAGCACCAAAAUAUGUGGAACAAACACCAAAGCCACAUGACACAUUCGUCCGCUGGCUCAUCUCCGCCCAUCCUUGCAGGACCUGGCCUACCAUGUUCUGGACUGGCUAGCGAAGGCGAAGAAAUGAUGAUAGAUCCACAGUUGCAGUACCCACUGGACAACGUACCGUGGGGAAACCUGGAUAUGGGCACGUUUGGACUAGGAGGUCUAGACUGGGAAGGUGACAACUGGAGUGAUAGCGGCAGCGCUGCGGGUGGAAUCGGUGGCAGCAGUGGUAAUCCAAGUGGCAUGGAUUUGUUUGAUGGGUUUUUCUUUGGAGGUGGGGGUUCAGGGCAUUAG